AUGAUUGAGUAUUUCGAACACUUAAUUAACGCGGCUUAUCACAAUUAUCAACAAAUACUCAUUAAAGAAUAUGGUGAUAUUUAUCCCCUGCGUUCCGUUAUUAUCAAAUUUGGUGGUUUCCAUUUAAGUUACAAUUGGUAUGGUCGCACUUUGCUAGGAAAAGAGGAAAUCAGCAAUUUAAUUAUCUACACCAAAGAAAUUCACCUCAAUAGUUUAUUCGCCUACUCUUUAAUUGGCUUAAAAAGUGAUAUUCCUAAUUUUAAAAAGCAUUUUGGUUUUGACAAAUUAAUUAACACUAUCGCUCAUGAGUUAGCCCAUUGUUUAUUAGCCAAUUAUAAACUGGAUUUUGGGCGAAAACAUGAGACAGAACACACUGAUUUAACUCAGGAUAUUACGGCUUAUUUAUUAAGUUUGCCCGAAGUUAAGGAAUUAGAGAAAUUACAAAAUUUUAAGUGA